UCUCCUCUUCCUUUUCCCAUCCGAUUUCUUCUCCGGGCUUCUGGUAGAGUACGAUUUGAUACUAUCUGCGAUUCCGCCUCCCCUCCCCCUCGCCGCCGCCGCCGCCGCGGGGAAAUCUAGGCGAGACUCCACUACUACCGCACGUGUCGUAAUGGCUCGGAACAAGAAGAAGGUAGCCGUGGCGGCGCCCAAAGCCCGGAAGCCGAAGCGUGAUGCAGAGGAGAAGAAGUUCGCGAAGAAGGCCGACAUGACGGAGUUCCGGGCGCAGCUGGACUCGCUGGGGUUGAAGAUUAUCGAAGUUAGUGCGGAUGGCAACUGCUUCUUUAGUCUGCAGGGCAAUGGGCGACCAGCUCGAAGGCAACGAGGAAGAGCACAUGAAGUACCGUGCAAUGAUUGUGCAAUACAUUAAGGAGCACCGUGUGGAUUUUGAGCCAUUCAUUGAGGACGAGGAACCGUUUGAGAAAUAUUGUGACUCUAUGCUUGAGGAUGGGACUUGGGCUGGUCAUAUGGAGUUGCAAGCAGCUUCUAUUCUCAAGAGAAAAAACAUAUGCAUCCACAUGCUUAACUCACCACGAUGGUACAUAAGAAACUUUUCUGAUCGUGAAGCUACCAGUAUGAUUCAUUUAUCGUAUCAUCAGGGUGAGCACUACAAUAGUGUCAGACUGAGGGAAGAUCCAUGUCAAGGUCCUGCAAUGCCAGUUAUUAUCAAGGCAGAUGCCAAUGUAGCUAGCACAAGCAAUAAUGCUCAAACAAAAGCAAAGGACCUGAAGAAAUCUUCAGACAGAUCAAAGUAUGAUCAUAUAUCGGUUAAAUUGGUGAUGGCUGGAACUGGAUGUUCUAAUAUCGCUGCAGUUGAACAGGUUUUGAAAGACAUGGAUGGUGACAUUGAUGCUGCUAUAGAGUACAUGUUAGCUGAGCAACUAAUACUGGGUUCUGAUGAUGCGGAUGGAGAUCCUUAUCUGGACUAUGCAUGUGAUGAGUAUGUACAGACCAUAGAGGAUGAGCUUAGCAUGAAGCAGGAUGAGAGUCAACUGGAUGAACACAAGAAAGAAGAAAAGGACUGUUCUAGCAAAGGCGAAACAGCUCAGAAACACAACAGUUCACAUUCUAAAAAGGGAAAGUCAAAAACCAAGGAAUGCUCUUGUGGAUCUGCUAGGAAGCACAAGCCUUCUUGUAAUUUAGCCACAACUGUAGCAUCGAGAGAACCUCCAAAAACAACUGCACCAUCGAGAGAACCUCCAAAGUAUGGCUUUAUAAUGGUUUUGCUAAAAAUAUGGCGCCACAUUUUUGACUUGAUUUCAGUCAUUUUUUUCCCAUUCGGAUUGCUACCAUUCUUUUAUACUCCUAUGUAAGUAUGUUUCGCUCUACUAUCUCCUCUUUCAAGUAGGUAAUUAAUUGUUUUCAUCCUAAUUCUCUUAUAUAGUGUGUGCUGCAAAAAAUAUGGUGUAAGUAUUGAGAUUUGGUUUUAAUUUUUUUUUGUUUUUUGGUGGAAAAUGUGGUGUCUUAAAUAUAGCUAAUCCCCUUUAUAAUGUUUCUGUCCUUUUGUUUGUCUUUUACCAUAUUCUAUUCUACAACUGAACUUAUGUCCUGCUGUUCGCAUUGUAAGCAUUCUUUCAAAUGGAAUUUUUGGGGGGUGAAAUCAAUAUUUCCAGCGUAUUUGCAUAGUGCAUUGCUGCUGUUGUAUCUGGCCUAUGAAACCUUAACAGUAUUGCUGCAAAAUAUGCACUUAUCCCAUAUGCCUUAAAGUCACCGACCUGAUUACUAUUUCCUUUUUCACUAGGGAGGUUAGUUGCAUUGCAUGUUUAACACAAUGCUGGAAGUGUUAUGUACUAAUACUAUCUGCUUAAUGUGCUUUACUAUCAGGACCAAAGGUGGCCAAGGGAAAGGCCAGAAGGGGAAGAAGCAAAAGAAGAAAGAACAAGAUGAAACACCAGCCAUCCGGGAUCACGAUUCUAAAGUUGCACCAGAUCUAGGAGCUCUUUGCAUAUGAACAUGGUCGACGAGGGUGAUGUUCUCCUCAGUGUGUAGCCGCCAGGAAUGUGCGGGGCAUCAGUUUUGAAGAGAGAUGUCUGCGGUCUACCUUGCUUGGACGCCAUGAUCUAGAUGGUGAUUUUUCUCUUGCCCAGUUGACGGCUUCACGUCACUGCCUUCUGCUGACUGACUGUUGUUAAGCCUGUCCAAGUUUCAGGAUGGGAUCAUGGGACUGACGGUGAGGUGGUGAUCUCAGUGGGCACAGAAACAUGAAUGAGCUGUUGAUACAUAGCUUCUUUUCUUCAUACAUACUUUACCUGUGGAUCAAUGCCAUGUAAAACAAUGAUCAGUCGUGCAAAGCAUAUUAAUUUUGUGAGAAUUAUAUCAUAAUAGAGUAUUCCCUGUCCUAACAAAACAAAAAUACGCUCUAUUGUUUGAGAUGGAGGGAUAGUAUAAUGGGUUCAUCCUGGAGUAUAUAUAGCCAGUCAGUCACAAUUGCCUUCAUGUUCUCGUGAAAGUAUCUGUUUUAAUAUAAUACUGUUUUCUCGUGAA